GGGACCACGGUAUAGGAAUACCGCCGUAAAUGUAAAUGUUAACUAAAUCAGUAGUAUAGUACCUUAACGGCCGCCGUGUUAUCUUCCCGAAGAAAAAUGGCAUAGGGAGUCACCUCAUCAAGUGCACACCGUACCCACAAGGUUAGUUUCGGUUCGGUUCCGUUCUUGGCCCUCUCCUAUGGAACAUAUUUUACGAUAAAGUUCUGUAAGGGGAACUAGACCCUGGAGUGACAAAUAUAUACGGACGAUACCCUACGGAUACGAUACGGUCAAGUACCCUUUUAUUAUUUCCUUGAACUUGUGAGCACCAACUGUCGUAAUUUAACAUGGACAAGAGCUCGAUGUUAUGUCGGAUUGCAGAAGUCAUUUUUAUUAACGAUCUGCUACCAAUUUGUUAGAAUUUAUUUAUUACCAUUUUAUAUAAAAAUUUACUGACUCCAAUAGUGAAUACUGAAUAUUUUUGUUUCGAAUGUGACAAUGUUAAGAGUACUUAAUUUCACAUAAAAGGUCGAAAGCAUCGUGCCAGUUUUUGCCAACUACCAAUACCAACAGUAGAACAACGUUAGUUGGAAACAGCGUAGUAACAUAAAAUCUAUCGUAAAAUUAUUAUCAAAUCUUAAAGCUGUCUGACCAAAGUCUGGGUAUGUAAUGAUAUAACAAAUAUUUGCCUGAUAAAAUUUACCGUAUCUGUCAUCGCUUACCUAUAUAAAGCGAUUCAGAAAAAUUUGGACAAAAAUGUGCAUAGUUUUUAUAUACUCUGGAUACCAUGAUCCAGAAAGCUACUACAGUUUGGUUUUAGCUGCAAAUAGGGAUGAAUUUUACGAUCGUCAAGCUCAGAAUAUGGCUCCAUGGAAGGAAGACCUAACUAUUUUUGGAGGUAUUGAUUUAGAAGCGGAAUGUCAAAGCACAUGGUUAGCUUACUCAUUUUCUGAGAAGAAGCUUGGUUUACUUCUAAACUAUCCUGAAAUUAAAAAGGAAAGUCCUAAAAAAAUAAAGAACCCCUUAUUCAAACAUACAAAUGCAACACAUAAUUUGCAGACAUGGGAACAGACAUGUGUAGGAUUUUCAAACAACUUGCCAGAUUCUCCUCUGUCAAAGGUGGUAGCUGGAAGGGAAAUAAUGCAAAAAAUUUGCGAAGAAUAUAAAUCAAUUGAAGAUAAAUCAAAAUUGAUAGAAAGUCUUUUGGAGCUUUUGAAAUCUAAAGAAAGACAUUUACCAGACCCAAUUCUACAAAACCGAAGGCCAAUUGACUAUAAAUAUUUCUCAUCAAUAUUUGUUUGCAUACCAUCAGCCCGUUAUGGAACAAGGACACAUACUUUGAUGCUAGUUACAAAAAGUGGGCAAGUUGAUCUUAUAGAAGUUACUAUGCAAUCACCAAUCAACUUAUCUAGUCCUAAUUGGAAAAGAUCAAAUUUUCAAUUAUAAUUUUAGGAUAAAACUUAAGCCAAAGGAUAUAUUUUAUAAUAAUUUUUAUUGUUAAAAGGAAAUAUACAU